UAUUAUGAUCCACAUAUAUGGCUGAAUUAAGCCAUAUAUAUAUCCAAGCUAUCUAGUCUCAAAUUUAACACUUAUUAGCUUCAAUCCUUUCUCACUUGAAUCCUUCAAUUCAAACACAUAUAUACAUAAUCAAACAUGUCUCCCAUCCAUUUAUACAGCUUGCCACAGCCUAUGUUCACAUGUACCACAGUUCAAUCAACAAAGGGAAUAUAUAGAGAGAUCUAGCUAGCUAGCUAGUUCUACAUGUUCGAUCGAUCUGCAAAUCGAUAUCACCACCACCACCAUCAUCAUCAUCAUGCAUCAUGCUUAUUAGCAGCUUAAUUCGAACACCGGUACUUUCAUGGACUUCAUCUUCCUCCUCGAAGAAGGAGAGCGCAUCGCGUUCCUUCAUCAGCUGAUGCAGUCUCUUGGAUGCGCUUACAUUUGUCUCUGGUCCUACCUCCCUCAACCAUGCAACUAUUUUGUGUGUUUGGAUGGACUCUUCAUUGGAGACAACAAUGUUGCCCGGAGGCUUUUUGAGGAGUACAGACACUCACUACCAAUUGCUAAUGAUGGCCGCGUCCCGGGAUUCGCCUUCAGGAACAAUCUUCAACACCUGGAGCUCCGGUUUGAAGAACUGCAAAUACUUGCAUCAAAUCCAGUGCAGCUCCAGUUCUAUAGGGAAGCUGGAAUCAAGACAGCCAUUUUAAUGGGGUGUAGAGCAGGAGAAGUUGAGGUUGGAAUGUCCACCAACCCUCAGGUUAAUAUGGAGAUGGAGAUGAUGAGGGUGCUCUCUCAAGAACCAGCAAGUAAACCUACUACUUCAUCUUCCACGUCUCUAAGAUCAUUGUCGAUGGAAAGCCCUACAGCUACAGAGUACACUUCCCUUCUCUUCAAUGUCCCAAUUCCUUCCACUUCUUAUAAUGCUCCUUCCGAUGACCUCCCGUCAAUCUCCGGCCACGUGACGCAAGCAGCCGCCGCCGGUGUUGAUCCGGCGCUGAGUCUAAUCGGGACGGAUAAUCAGUUCCCGUUCUUAUCCAUGCGGCAAACCGAAGAAGACGACGCAAUGGCUAGGGCUUAUCUGGCUGUAAUUUCAUCUACUUCUUCUUCUUCACAAGCUCGCGACAGCUUUGCUUCCAAUUUCCAGAACCCCAGUGCUUUCAGAAUCUACAGAAGAAGAUCGUCAUCGUUGUCGUCGGAAAACUUAUCCCGGAAUAAUGUCCCGGCGGCAGUGCCGCCGCCCAUUAUCAGAAGACGACAAGGCAACAUGUUCAGAAAAUGCGUCGCUUUUUUCAGAAACUUAGACUUGCUAAGGAGGCGGGGGUUAAUCCAGGGCGGCGGCACCUCCGCCGCCCCUCCUUCCACCACACAAGUUCAUCAUGUCAUUUCAGAGAGAAGAAGGCGAGAAAAGCUCAACGAAAGCUUUCAACAGCUCAGAUCUCUCAUUCCUCCCGGGAGCAAGAAAGAUAAGGCUUCAGUGUUGAGCAACACAACCGAAUACUUGGCUUCCCUAAAAGCACAAGUGGAAGAGCUUACUAAAAAGAACCAAAUCUUGGAAGCACAACUACCGCCGCCGCCGCCUCAAAAAGCGCCGGCCGCCGUGAAGGAAGAGGUUGGCGCCUCCUCUGCCGCCGCCGCCGAAGGGAGGGUAGAUGUGAGCAUCACAAACGUUGAGGAAUCGACCUCGGAAGAAGCUAAUCGCAGAUUCGUGGACUUGCGAGUGUUAGUGAGGGGAGAAAUUAGCAUGUCGGAUUUGGUUAUCCGUUUGCUUGAGUUCUUGAAAGGGGUUGAGAAUGUAGGACUUAUAUCCGUACAAGCUAACACCACCACGGUACAAUCAGCCUCGCUGAAUCGCAUAAUCUUGAGACUCACAAUUCAUGAGGGAGAUGAGUGGGACGAGUCUGCUUUCCAGGAAGCCGUAAAAAGGGUUGUUGGUGACGUGGCACAGUGACAGGUGGGCUUGCUUAUAUCGCAACACCUGGCGAACUGUCACUUGCUGAGAGCGCUAUAAUCCGGAAGAAAAUCAUUGAUUUUGUACUUGCAUGAGGAUUAUGUCUUGUGAUGUGAUUACAGAGAAUUUAGUGUAGCAGUUCACAAGAAAGCAAAUUUUGAAUAUUAUUAUUAAUUGGCUUCUUAAUUUUCAUCAUUAGGGAAAUUUGGACUGUGA